AUGAGCAGAACAAUAUUGCUCCUGGCCGCCCUGCCAGCUUUGUCGGCGGCCGUUUCGGGAGGCAGCUCGUCUGUGACUACGGUAGUAAACUGCCAGCCCGUACCCACCACACAGUACAUCGAGAACCCUGACUUUACGAGCGGCACAAGUGGCUGGAGUGUGCAAUACGGCAACAGCUACGAUACCUAUUAUGGUGCCUACCCAGGCGGGCGUUAUGGCUACAUCCUGGCCCUCAAUGGAGACUAUCUGGAUGACAAUACCGUUUCGCAAGAGGUCUCAGGCCUCACUCCCGGUGACACAUAUACCCUCAGCAUGUGGUGGGAGGUACUUGGCACAGGAACUGGAGCUUGUACCGUGUCCGUGUCUCUUGACAAUGUCGAUCUAGGCUCGCAGACUCUCACCACGGACAACGACAAUUGGGUCUGGAGGCAAUUUACCGCGACGUACGAUGCUGUUGAUGAAUCCGGCGAGCUCGCGAUUGUGUUAAGAUGUACUCAAGGCAGUUUCUCAGCCAGCUCUGAAGUCAACUUUGCCGAGAUCACUUUAGAAGGGCCUACGCAGGUGUGUUCGACUGCGACGGUGACCCCGACCACGACGCCAACACUAACACCAACACCGUCCAUAAGCUCAUCGGUCGCAAUUCAAUCCUCAUCGACCGUUGUUGUUCCCUCUUCUGCCGUCAUAACAGCUUCUAGCAGUGCCGUCCAGAUUGCUAGCUCUUCGAGCCCUACUGGUUCCUCAUCUGCGAUCAGCACAGUUUCAAGAAGCAGUGCCACCCAGGGCAUUAGCUCAACUCAUCCGCACUCCUCUUCUGCUGUCAGACCCACCCCAAGCAGGAGACCCGUGCGAACAGGCUGUUCAAGAAGUAGUGCGGUUCAUGAUAUUAGCUCGACUCAUCCCAUAAUUGGAUCCACCAGCUCCUCUACACUAACUUUCUCAACCGAAACUGCGUCUGUAUCAAGCCAACAGACAUCUGGCUCACUCUCUUCCGUCUUUACAAGCUCUGCAUCAACUGUAUCUUCAACCACUCAGGCCGCAUUGACCACAGCUCCGGUCACCACAUCCACCGUAUACUCGACUGAGGUGCACACAAUCACAUCCUGCGCUGCGUCCGUUACCAACUGCCCGGCAAGAGACCAAACAACAUUCCUCGUGACCGAGACUGUCGUUGUAGGAACAACGAUCUGCCCUGUAACGGCCACAGAGACUGGCUCAGCCGGUUCAAGUAUUCAUACUUCAGUUCCAUCGAAAGGCGGCAGCUUGGGUAAUGGUAUACCGACAAUUCAGGUGUAUACUGUGACUUCAACCGGCCUUGGGGGUGUACCAACUACGUAUCUGACAACAGCAACCGCUCCUCUUAACGCUGCAACCUCUAUCAUUUCUGCGGGAGUUGCGGGAGGUGCUGGAGGCUCUGGAAGUGGUAUCAGUACCGGUGCUCAUGGUGCAUCUCUCAAGUCCAACUCUCCAGCCAGCACAAGCACUGGCAUGGCCACUGGAGGUGCUGCUCCUGCUGUCGCCUCGUCUGCUCGUACUUCGUCUAGCCCUGUUGCAACUCUCCAUACCAGCUCCUCUACUGGUACUGGCACAGCCACCGAAGCUGCUGUCCCUACCUACACGGGCGGUUCCUUUUCUUUGAAGGUAGACGUCAUGUCUAUUCUCCUUGUUUUGGUGGCAGUUUUGAUAUUGUAA